AUGAGUCAGUUGUUUGAGUACUUCGUGGUGUGUGGAAUUGGACCGGAGAUUCGUACUCUGGAUGGUGAAAAAGGGUUUCACGGAACAGGGGUUUUCUAUUUAGCUUCUCUCCUUGAUCAGUAUCCUCCUCCUACUCACACGCUCUAUCCUCCUCCUCCUCCCCAACUUCCCACCUGUGUUCUACCGGCUGGUGUGGAAUUCUACACAACUGGGUUUGAUUCAAGCAAUCCGUUAUCUUUCCCACGCAGUUAUCCUAUUGUUUUAACUGAGGGUGAUGGUUCUAAAAUUUAUGUGAGUUGCAUUGCUUUUCGGGAUCCUGUUUGUGAGGAUAUUGCAGAAGCUUAUCGCAUUCCUACAAAUUCAUUUGCUGAUAAAUGUAUCUGUCUAGUUUCACGCGCUCCCAGUUUUCACAUCCUUCGGGAAGUACUAGAGAAAAUACAUCAACUUUGCUUUUCCUCUAACGGAAGCAGCAAGCCAUUAUGGGAUGUUAUCUCGUAUACAGUGUCCAACGUACCUUUGCCUACUCCUGGAAAGGGACGUGUUCUCUUUGCCAUUGAGAAUAGCCUGCUUUCCGUUGACUUUCCGCCCAAGGAUGGCCUUCCUCACGCUGAUAUAUCCUUUCAACCGCUGGUGCAGUGCCUGGAUGUGGAUAACUUCAUCAAACUGUUUACAGCUGUAUUAAUCGAGAGAAGGGUUUUGCUUCGAUCAGACAAAUACUCUCUACUAACGCUUGCUUCCGAAGCAAUAUGCCAUUUGAUCUAUCCUUUCCGGUGGCAGCAUGUCUACAUUCCGUUGCUAUUUUUCAGUGGAGUUGACUAUAUUGAUGCUCCUACACCAUAUAUGAUGGGGCUUCAUUCAGGUGUUGAUACUACUGGUCUCUCAAUGGAUGGUGUAGUGGUUGUUGAUCUUGAACAUAAUUGCAUCAUGAGCUCAGAGGAGAUUCCUCCCAUACCGGAGCCAGAAAUGAGUUGUUUACGGAGUGAGAUCUUGAAGUUAUUGCAUCCGAAUGUUGUUUGGAUAGACUCGAUGAAGGCUGAUCUUGAGUCAUAUGAGCAAUAUUCAAGAUUUAACACCAAGGCUUGGUCCCCCGACCAUGAUGUGCAACUCAGGAUUAUUUUCCUUAAGUUUUUUGCUUCAAUCUUGGGAGGCUACCGUAACUUCAUAGAAAAUACUGCAAAUCAAGUGUUCAACACUCAAGCUUUUCUGAAGAAGCGUUCCCGGGCAACUCACCAACCAAUAGAUGAGAUGGUAACUCAGUUUCUAGAGUCUCAAGGAUUCUUGGAUUAUUUGGAAAGAGGUUUAGGUUCUGGUGAAAACAGUAGUAAUCUUGUUGAUAAGUUACAAGAUGCAAUUGGAAGAGGUCAAAAUCCACUCUCUAUAUUGCCCUCAGCCUCAGCAGAGCCUGAGAUUAUAACUAUUUCUGACCCGGGUUUAGGAAUAUCAGGAUCUGGUGCUAGAUAUACUUAUGAUAGGUUCCCUUCCAACUAUAGAUCACAAGACCAGGAGGAGAAAAGAAAGCAGAUACUAGCUGCAGCUAGUGGAGCUCUUGAAUAUGCCGCAAAGCAUACUCCUAGCUCACCUUCGGUGUACGCGGAUGGAGACUCCAAAGGAGAAAGUCUAAGUCCUAGAGAGAGAGCUGCUGAACGGGAGCGCAUGGUCUUGGAUAUAAAAGUGAAAUUGCAGGGUCUAUGGCUACGUCUUCUGAAAUUGGGAGCCACUGAUGAUCCUUUGUCAUCUUUUGAAUACGGAACAAUCCUAGCUUUGAUAGAAAUUGAUGCUGAGGGGAUUGGUGGUAGUGGAUUUGUUGAAUGUAUAAGGGAACAUAUUCACUCGGGUUGGAAAGGUCACUUGACUGAAGAGCAGUUCACCGCAGUGAAAGAACUGCUAAAAACGGCAAUUACUCGUGCUACAUCGAGGAAUGAUAUAGCAACCAUUAGAGAUGCCCUUGAAGUUUCAGCUGAAAUGUACAAGAAAGACAGGAAUAAUGUUGCAGAUUAUGUUCAACGCCAUCUUCGUUCCCUUUCCAUAUGGGAGGAGUUACGCUUCUGGGACGUGUACUUUGAGUAUCUAAUGGAAUGCUUUUCAAACAAGUCAACUAACUAUGCGGCAUUGGUGACUGCACAGCUAAUUAUUUUGGCGACACACAUGGCGGGGCUAGGCCUUCCUGACACGGAUUCAUGGUAUAUCAUUGAAACGAUUGCAGGGAAGAACAACAUCGGUUACAGUCAUAUUAUAAAGCUUCGGGGGUAUAUGUCGCAUAUCCAGCAGCUAUGUGUUGGUUAUUGGGGUGUUUAUUCAGUGAAGUCGGGAAGUGUGGGAAUGGGAUUGCUGCCCUCCCCACGACCACAAGACGCUUCCUCGGCUAUAGGAAUAGGAAUAGACAACCAACAACCUGCAGAGGCGUCUGGUAGGAGCUGGGUCCAAAGCAUGUUUACCAGGGAUACUACUACACUACGCACCAACUCCUCAUUCACCCGUGUUCGUAAAUGGACCUCUGAUCAAGGUACCAUCACAUGCCAUCCUCUCUUACUUGCCCCACCCAAGUUCUAUGCCAACCUACUUGUGAUUCUUUGUUGA